GCGGAGCGCACGUCCUUUUUACCUUCAACUCUGCGAUCGUAAUUAAUAUUGCCGAAAAUUUUGCUUGUGUACUGUGACGAUUGGAUUUUGGGGUACAGUGAUUCUGUGGAUGCUGUAAUUUAGUGACUGAUUAUUGAAUUAAAUUUAUAGCUAUAUGGACUUUUACAAAGAUUUAGCGGGUCUUAAGAUUAAAUAAGAUUGUAAGCAGUCUUCAAGUCCAGCUCAUGACUUUAACUGACUCAUCUUUAUAACAUCAAGCUAUUGCCUAAAUUAGGUACUCAGUGGAGUUUAUAUGAAAUGUUAUGGGCUCACGCGGCGUAGCACACUGGAGCUGGGUGGUAGUGGUAGCGUGGGCGUGGAGCGCUGCAGCGCGCACAUUAUGUCCGCCACGAUGCGAAUGCGACGACGCGCUCAGAGCGGCAUCGUGCGCCAAUGCAGGCCUCGAAAUAGUGCCUAUACAACUCAACCCAGAAGCAACACAAAUAAACCUAACCCACAACUCUAUCGACAAUCUUCUAUACACAUUCGGCUUUUAUACCCAACUAACCAUCCUCGACAUUUCGUACAACAAAGUACAAGACUUAGGAAGUAGAAAUUUUGAUAACAACAUCGAAAUGACCCAUCUAAACGUGAGUCACAAUGCUCUCAGAAAGUUAGACAAAGACACAUUCAUUGGUCUUAAGAGACUCGUCGAUCUGAAUUUAUCUAAUAACGAAAUAUCUACUAUAGAUGCACUAACUUUUAAGGAUCUAACAGUAUUAGAGAGACUCGAUAUGUCUAAUAAUAAACUAGUGACUUUCGAAUCUGAUACCUUUGAACCACUAUCUUCACUUCGGAUUUUAUAUUUAAAAAACAACUCUAUACUAGAAAUACCCUCCGUCAAUCUAUUGACAAUUAUAAGUCUAGAGUUUUUAGAUCUCUCAGAAAAUUUGAUACAAAGGAUACCAAAGCAUGGGGUGCCGUACUUAAAGGAAUUGAAACAUUUAGAUCUGAACAAUAAUAUAAUAGAAGAAAUCGAUCACUUGGGCCUGCACAACUUACCUUCUUUGCGACACUUAGAUCUUAGCGAUAACAACAUGACUACGAUUCCAACAUCAGCUUUGUCAAAGUUGUCGAAUUUGUCUCAUUUGUAUUUGAGCGGAAAUUUUUUUCACAAUGUAUCAGCGUUGUCUUUCCAAAGCCUCUUUCAUUUGAAACAUUUACACUUAAGUAGGAUAUACAAUUUAGAAAAAAUUGAUUUCAGAGCAUUUGUUGAUAAUAUAAAUCUACAAAAGAUAUGGAUGAAUGAAAACUUAAGAGUAAAAGAAGUGCCUCCGAGAUUAUUCCAUGGAAAUCCGAAGCUGACACACGUUUAUAUGAAAAACAAUGCUUUAGAAACACUCGAAGCUUCACACUUUCCAAUUGAUACUUUACAAGAACUUGAAAUAUCGGGAAAUCCAUUUGUAUGUAACUGUUCAUUAGUAUGGUUAUGGAAUCUUAUAAGAGAAUGUGAACUUCGCAGCAGACAAAGUGAAAAUACUAGUACAAUACUUAAAAUUGAUUAUGAAGACGUAAAAUGUGCAGCACCAGAGCAUUUAACGGGAAUUCACUUUAUUCAGAUUCCCGAGUCAGAGUUUGGUUGCUCCAGUGGGUGGGUUAUAGUCGCUAUCGUGGUGAUGACUGUAAGCAUCAUCACAAGCAUUGUUGGUGGAGUUUUGUACUUUAUUGGACCUCUAAAGAAAUGUAAAGGAGACAAAUCAAAGCAAGUCAUGACGAGCGUUAUGCUUAACGGUGAUGUUUCAAAAUUGGGGAACGGAUUAGUUUACACAACCCGUGGUAGAGAAACUGAUAGUAAAAGGGAGGUCGAUAAAUACUUAAUGAUCGGUUCGUCUGUUACUAACAACUUCCAUUCGUUAAAUCCUCCCUGGCAAGCCAUGGAUAAGAACCCUUAUUACCAGGAAGAUAGUGAUGAGCACAUUUAUCAACAGUUUGCUUAUGAAACAAUCCCCCCACACAGGACCCCAGAGAAACCACACAUAGUGUAUGUGUAACAUAAGGUUAUAGUGAUGGACUUUGUCAAAAGCGUAAACAAUUUUAUAAGACGUUUAAUAAAAGACAAUUGAUAUGUGAACGAGUAACCUGCAAUAAUGUAAAUAAUGUUAUGAAGAUGUGAUAGCUUUGUAUAUAAAGAUGUAUAUAGAUUAAUUUUUAAAUAUUUUUGAAUUUGUACUUAACUUGUUUAGAUAUAAUGUGAAUAUUUUCCUUGAUAUUUUAAUGUACAGUUGAGAUAUUAUUAGCUGUUAAUAUGUUUUAGAUUCGAACAGAUUUUCCUUUCCUUACCUCAAGUAUGUGUUUUACAAUUGUGUAUACUGUAAUUAUAUUUUAAUUAUAUAAUUCGCUAUAAUUAACAUUUUGGUUAUUUAUGUAGUUCCUCAGACAUUAUGGGUAGUUCCAUUAAUAUAGGGGUUAAAAUACUUAAAACUUGUAAUUAUAUCGUAGUUACUAUAUUUUCUGGAAUAAAACACCAAUAUUUAAUGAAAACUUUGUACAAAAAUGAGCAAUAUAGAAUACUUCCUUCAUAUUAUAAUAAAAUACGUUAACUUUUACUAUUGAGAGUAUUGUUAAAGUAUAAAAUUAUUCGCUUGACAGCACAUGGAAAUUUUGGAUGAAAUGCGAGAUUAAUAAGCGCGAGAUAUUUUGAUAGUUAGUACAAAUCUCAUUAAAUCAAUAUAUCACAUAAAUAGAAAACUUUUGGAAUAAUUAUGAUUAUUUUCUAAUAAUUUUCUAUCAUUUUACUUCCAUGUUUUGUAGGACAUUUAUAAAAAAAAAUGUAAAACAAAGAUUUAAUAAGAACUUUAAAACGAUACUUUUUGGCUACUCAAUGAAUCUUUAACACUUCUGAAUAUGUUACCUAUAAAUGGGCAUAGCCCUAUAACAACGCUGAUAACAGCGAUUGUUAGUCAUACAACAAUAUAUUUAUAUUUAUAUAGUAUGGACUAUAUUUUGCGACUAAAUGUAACAUUCGUAGUUUAAAUCGCCAUUUAUUUCGAGUUAAAUAUUCUAACUUCAAUAACUAACUCGCAUAACUAACAAGUUGAAUAAUUAACCGUCAGCUUGCUAACUGCGAUGUUACUUUCAGUUUUUGCUUUUCAUUACCGGCCGUUGCAUUAGUUAAACAGAAAAGUAAAACUGGAAUAUUACCUUUAAUUUAUCGCAUUUUAAGAACGCUUUGAAAAUUUUCUAAUGUUUACAAUCAACACUCUAUAUUUGUUUAAAAAAUUAGUUUAAUGAGUCACUCGUUUCAUUUCUGUUUUUCUUAAUAUAGUUAUUUUCAGUUACGUAAUAAAAGUAUUAAGUAUUUAAUAACUGAUACCGAAUUUUGUCCAAAAUUUCAAUAUGAUAAUUAUAAUGCAAUAAAACCAGUUGCUCUGAUGGUGAGGGGUACAAAAUGAUUAGCAUGUUACUUGGCUAUUUUUAUAAUUUUCUUUGACACUUUUUCAACACGUUAUCAAGAUAUUUGGAAUUAAUAUUUUAAUAUGUAAAGUUAACUAUCCUUUGAAGUACUAACAACAAACGACUCACGGAAGGUAAUUUUAUUGGGAUAAAAAUAGUAUAUUAUGUUAGUUACUUUUGAUGUAUAAAUAUUAUUUUGCUUCGGAAAAAUUGAAGAAUUGACUCUAAAAAUAAUGUAUUUUUGUGUUUUUCUUUGAAACUGUAAUUUGCGCUAUAAGACAGAUCACUCAAUUAACAGUUUUAAAUAUAUAUUUAAGUUUCAUUAGAAUUUUUAAAUUUUAAUCCAAUAAAAUUAUUAUAAAUGUAAUGAUAGAUUUACCACUAAUAAAAAUUAAUUGUAAUGUCGUUUUUGAAAGUUAUUACCGAAUGAAACGGCAAUACUCUUAGUUUAUUAGUAAUACUUUCGUCUCAGGAAUAAACGCUUGAAAAUAUAGCUAAAAUACAUAUUACCCUUCAAUCAUUUUCUAAGUAUACAAUUAUAUAUUAACUAACCUGUAUCUGCCUAUACCCAAGGUUAAAACUAAUCGAAUUAGCAUACAGUCUGUAGAAUAAGUAUAUUUAUAUAACCUUAAAAUUUUGUUAUGAAACUUAUUAAAUAUGUACGCAUUAAAACAAA